GAACCGCGCCGAUGGGAGCUCGGACUGGGUGGAGAUCAUCGAGCCCCGCUCUCAGGAGCGGAUGUAUGUCAACCUGACAACAGGCGAGUGCGGCUGGGAACCCCCUCCCAACCUGAAGGUCCGCCAGUCAGAUCAGAAGCAGUGGUGGGAGCUCUUCGACCACAACAACAACCGCUUCUACUACUACAAUGCCAUCACGCGGCAGACGGUGUGGCACCGGCCCCAGGGCUGUGACAUCGUGCCCUUGGCCCAGCUCCAGGCCAUGAAACGCAGCUCCCAGUCCGAGUGCCGGGGCCGUCAGCACAGGGGCAGCUCCAGCAGCGACGGCAGGAACACCCCCGUCCAGCUGGCCCUGCUGCAGGAGAUGGAGAAGGGCAAAGGGGACUGCACUGCGGAGAAGAGGCCGGACACUGGGAGGGAGACACCUACCCAGUGGCAGCCUCUGCCAGGCACAAAAGCAGCCAUGUUGGUCAAAGUGAACAGUUUAAGGCAGAUACAGGGCUCUUCAAACAGUUCACUUCAGCUGCAGAACACUCCAGAAGCCAAUAGCCAAAAAUCUCUUCCAAAACCAGCCGUAUAUGCUCAGCCUCAGUCCGCAUCCCAGAGCCCUGGUGCCCCAAAGCAACUGCCUGUAGGAGAAGCCAAACAGUCCAUGCAGAUCAAAAAGACAGAGAAUGGUGGGUUUUGCUUGGUGCUGAUGAAUGGUCCAACUUCUCAAACACCUCCAAGGAGUCAGACGGGAACUCCUCGGCCUGCAUCCCCCAAGUAUGCUUGCCCUGCACCUAUAUACGAUGAGCCAUCUUUAGAGUCUCCGAUUUAUGAUGAGCCUCCGGUAGAUAUGGACACUGAAAGCGUCAACAUGAAUGAGACGUCUCCAGCAGAGUCGCCAAGCAAUAGCUUAAGAAAACAGCUCCAAUCAACCAAAUUACUACAGCAUCCAAGUAUGCAACAGCAGCAAGCUGCAAAGAAAUAUGCAAGAAAUCCUCCUUCCACUGAAUACAGCCCAGCUGGCAGAGAAUACAUAAAACACAUGGUCAAUGUUGACCAAUCUUCCAAACUUCCUCACUCUGCUGCCGCAACAGGUGAUGGUUCUGUUAAACUGCCUGGUCAGCUUACUUCAAAGGACAGCUUCAAGCAGUCUUGGAGGAUCUUGGAAGCUAACGUCCUCAAGAACAUGGAAGCCCACCAUAGUCGGCAGAACAGUCUUCAAACUCAAGAGUACCCAACUGCUAUAAGCCAUCAAGAUUCUGGCUAUUCGACUGGCCCUUCUCCAAGCUUGAGAAAAAGGAAAGGAAGGAGGCAAGGGACAUGUCAAGGAAGGCCUGGCUCUGUGGGCAGCAGCAGUGAGCUCACGGCUCUGAAUGAUAAGUUGAUUGCUGAGAUGCGUGCUGUGGUGGGCAGGUCAGCGGCUUGCAGAGGAAGCAAAGCCAGCCUUGAUGCUGAAACUCUGGAGAGUGGCAUCCCUGCAGAGAGCAGCAAAGUCAGAUUUCAGUCUGACCACUUGAAAAAAUGCAUCAACCGGAGCUCAAGGGACGAUAUCUCGGCUAGUAACAGGUCUCUGUAUAGACAGGGUCUGGAGAGCAGGGGUAGCUUUCCCAGCGACACGGCUACUCCACAGGACACAAUGAGGCAGAAGAGGACUUUUGAGAAAAUAGAUUCUUUAGAAAAGAAUGUGACCAGCCAGACCAGUUUGGCUUCAUCAGAUGCUACACGUCACUCCUCUCAGCCCGGGACAAUAGAGUUGGACCCCAAGCAGGAGAGUAGCAGCCAGCCUGGCGGCUGCGUAGGAUAUCAUUUCCCUUACAAUACUCUACGGAAGCCCAUCUCUCAAAGCAGCAUGGCAGACUGGGCUUCUAAAAACCUGAACAUGCACACUCAGGGCAUCUUCCGCCGAAGGAUCUCCAUCUCCAACAUGCUCUCCUGGAAUGGCGGCUCUAUCAAAAAGCCAAUGCUCAUCACUAGCAACCGCACCAUCAAAAAAGAAGCCUGUGAGAUGUUCAAACUGGUGCAGAGCUACAUGGGAGAUCGUCAGACUCGCAUGGAUCGGAAUCAUGUGGCAUUGGUCACGGUCACCAAGUGCUGGAGCAUACAAGGUUUACGGGAUGAGCUCUACAUACAACUAAUCAGGCAAACAACAGAUAAUACAUGCUACCAAAGUCUGGCAUGGGGCUGGGAACUGAUGGCCAUUAGUCUGGCCUUUUUCUCUCCAUCACCCAAAUUCCAGUCUUAUCUGGAAGGUUACAUCUAUCGUCACCUUGACAACGAUGAAAACAUUGCCCAGCGCAUCAAGGAGCUUAUGGAUCUGAAAAACAAGAAGAACUCAAAAUCCAGGAAAAAGAGGAAACAAAAUACUGAAGAUGAAGGUUUGCCCAUCAGCACCUAUGCCAAAUACUGCUACCGGAAACUGCAGAAAGUAGCUGUCACUGGAGGCAAAAAGGGCCUCCGUAAACCAACAGUGGAAGAGAUAACGCAUGCCAGAAAUGCCAUUGUGACACCAUCGCUCUUCGGCAGCUCUCUGGAGGAAAUCAUGUUACGGCAGCAGGACAUGUAUCCAGGUAACAAGCUGCCUUGGGUACAAACACAGCUGUCACAGCAGGUCCUGGCAUUAGGAGGAGAACAGACUGAAGGGAUUUUCAGGAUACCUGGUGACAUAGAUGAAGUCAAUGCAUUGAAACUGCAAGUGGAUCAGUGGAGAAUCCCAAGUGGCCUCAGUGACCCCAACAUCCCAGCCUCUCUUCUCAAGCUGUGGUAUCGGGAGCUAGAGGAGCCCGUAAUCCCCCAGCAGUUCUACAAAGAGUGCAUCAGCAACUACGAGAAUCCCGACGCUGCUGUGGCCGUGGUGCAGCUUUUGCCAGAGCUCAACAGACUGGUCCUGUGUUACCUCAUACACUUCCUGCAGAUCUUUGCUCAGCCAUCGAAUGUGGGCAGAACAAAGAUGGAUGUGAACAACCUGGCCAUGGUGAUGGCCCCCAACUGCCUGCGUUGUCAGUCUGAUGACCCUCGGAUUAUCUUUGAGAACACACGCAAGGAAAUGUCCUUCCUUCGCAUGCUGAUAGUGCACUUAGACACAAGCUUCAUCAAAGGACUGGUUUGAGGCGCUGGCCCUGCGGUAUAGGACGCUGGUCUGGGGAGUCACUGGGUGUCCGAUGUCUUCUCCCCUCCAUUUAGAUUUCUUCCAUUGUCCUUGCUGUUGUCACACUCUGGGUUAGCCCCGCGCAUCCCCCAACAUAUGACCUCGAGGACAGGGACUAGACAACCCUGGAAAGCUUGGGCUGUUCUGCAAUAGGACCAAGAAGUCCUUGGACAUGCCAGGCCAGAUUCAGUGGUUCCUGGCCCUCUUGUGUAUGUCAGAGGCGGGGCAGCCCUCCUCUUCAGAGCUGCAGGACUACUUGCUCCUUGACAGGGCUGUGACAUCCAUGAGAAACUGCUACCUGGGGCAGUGAGACUCUCCCGUCUCUCUUCUGGGGACAGAGUUGACUUCAGGUAGGAGAACAUCACUCCCAUGCUGUGGCAUGAGGUGGUCCUGCAGGAAAUACUGGGGAUAACUCCACUGGUAUGGAGUCAGCCUCGUUCACCACUGCAGACUGUUGGCUGGGAGUUUCAGGGUAGUUCUGGUGCCCCUUGAUGCUGUUGGAAGAGGGUUGUGAAGGUGCAGGGUCUUUGAGCCUCUGCUACUGGGUGGCUGGACAGGCAGACAUCCCACGGCUGGAACCUCAUACUGCAACAUCUGUUUCACCUUCAAUUUUAGGUGGCCUUGGAGGUGCACAGCUCCUGUGGCUGCUUGAGGAUGGGUCAGUGUGCAGGACAGGCAAGCCCUGUGCUGAGCUGGACCAGCCCUCUGCUGAGCUAAACCAGCACCCACCCACCCUGUGGGGCCUGGGGACAAGGGAAGGGCCAUGCACUGGGAUCAAACAGAUGUGACAGCCUCUUUGGCAAAAAGGCCAGCUCCUUGAAGGGGUAACCCCAGCCAGCCUCGCAGCUCCUUUCUGCCAGGCCCUUGUUACACAGUCUGUAUGAGCUGACACCGAGCAGCUGGGAAUGUGCCGGUAGAGCUCAGAGCAGCCUCCAUAGCUCCUGCACCCUCCCUUCCUGGCACCAGGUAUACGAGCAUGUCGGGACUCUGCUGGGUUUGGCCAGCCCCAGCCAGGACCUGUACAGAGAGCUCUGCCAGGAACUGAAUACUGGCUUUGCCCACCCUCCUGGUUUGUCCCAGGCCUGGACACAGCGAGAAAGACCUUUGACAGUAAGAAGCUCUGUUGUGCUCAGAUUGCCUUUCCAGGCAGAGCAGUAGCUUUCCCACCUGCUUGUGAAAUGACGUUGCCUGGAGUCAACAGUGGCACCCGUGUCCUUCCUAGCAAAUUCCCACUGGAGUUGCAGAGGGGUCGGGAAGGAAAGGGAAGGGAAGAGGCAGGUCUGAGCAGCUGAUGGGCUGUGGAGCCUGCAUAGGGAUGGUGCCAGCCAGGCAGCUCGGUUUCCUCAUUUGCUAUUAAAUGCCUGGGGCUUUCUGCAUGCCACCAAGAACAUAGACACGGCAAGGAGAGUGUCUUUCGGAGGCAGUGCACAGGUCUCCCCACAGCCUCCAGAUACUGUUGCAUGUUCUUUAGCAAGCAGCAGCUUCAAAUUCUGUGGUAUCUUGGUGUGACUCUUCUUUUCCUCUGAAGCAUUUUCUCUGCUGGAGGCAGGUCUGCUGCAAGGCCAAAGUUGUGUGUUAGCAUUGUAUGAACAAUCCCAAGUCUGCUGGUAGCAUGCAAAGUUGCAUUUAUAUUUCUACAUCCCAUGUCAAGUGGGGACAUGAGAUCACCCUCUCCUGAUUGCAGUGGGGAGCUCAGCCCUGCCAGCAGUCAGGUUUAAAGGUUGAUGCCUGAACCAAAGGGUCAGGCCCAAGGUGCCAUAUGUAGAGUAGUGCCUUGCACCUGCUGGCAUUUCAGUGUGUGUAAAUGGGGGUUUCCCGAGCAAAGGUUUGCUCUGAUGGACUCUUUGGCAGGAGUUCAGUUUGUGCCCAGCUGAACCAGGUACUGUGGCUCCCCUGAUUGUACCAGAUCCUUCUGUGGUCCAUUGGGCCAGGAAAUCUUGCUUCUUUGUCAGGAUUAGCUCUGUCAAACAUGCCAACAAAAAUGAGCCAGUAUCUGCUUCACACGUUCAUCCCGUCCCAGCGCUCAGCUCAUUGGCCUUCUGAAGCCUUGUACAAUUUAUACCUAGGAUGCAGGGCUACAUUCCCAGAAAUGUAGAGGCAGCAGGGGGGUUACCAGCUUGGCCAUGUUUUGUUGAAAUUUGAACUGUUGAAGAGGCUCGGGGUGCCAUGUGCUGGCCCCGCAUGGGCUGGAGCAGCUGUGUGGUGCCUCCCCCCUUCUUUGGGCUGCAGAUGCAUGUGCCUGUGUCUGGGCCUGGCCUGCAGUCAGCCACCGUGUAGGUGAUCCAUGCUAUUCCUUGCACUUAGCUGUAGCAAGCAAUCAACCCAUAGGCGUUUGCUGCUAUUGCAAAUGAAUGCUUCUUGCCAGGGCUGUAAAAUAGGCUAAGAAAUUACACUGGAUAUUAUUUUCUUUUUUUGCCAACAGAUUUGUAAAUAUGAAUCAGUAAAGCAGCCUCUCUUCUGUUAUAAUAAUAAAUAUAAUCUUCAUGGUU